GAAUGGACGAGGGUGGAUUGGCGCGCUGUACAUCGUGUUGAUAAAAUUUUUUAAACCGUUUUGUGAUCUUUGAGACUUGAAUAAGUUUAGUGCUGCAUUUAAAAUAAUAUUCUGGAAAAUGCAUUACAGAAACAAACAACCGAUAAAUUAGAAGCAUGAAAAUUUGAUAGUGAUAUGUUUUCAUUUGUCAAAACAAGCUAAGAUUAUUACUCUUAUUUUUCCUACUAUUGUGCCAUUAUAUUUAACAUCACACGAUUCUAUAUCAUUGUCUUCCUAUAUUAUAUCGGUGUUGAUAAGUUUGUCAAUUCCUUCAUAAUGGAAUCAGGAGUGAUUCAGGAAAAGUCACUCCCUUUGCGUGGGUUAAAACAAGUAAAGGUUGAUAAUUGGGGAUCAUUUUUUCUCCAACGACUUCAACAGCUUUAUUAUGAGGAGUUAUUUUUUGAUCUUAAAAUUAAAUUUCCUACGAGUGAUAUCACAGUACAGGCUCAUCGACUUGUAGUUACAACAUGUACAGACUAUUUUAUGCAACUCGAACAACAGCAAAAAGAAAAAGAUGAAAACUUUAACGGUGUCAUUACUAUGCCUUCAGACAUGCCUUAUGAAUGCGUUAAGUCUAUUAUAAGCUUUAUGUAUACUGGACAAUUGGAAUACUGGACAUCAGAACAGAAUGCUUUGUACCGUACUGCACAAAAGAUGAAUAUGACAGUGCUAACAAAAUUGCUUGACGCUCAAUUCAACACGAGCAGUUUACAGGUUGACGCAGUGAAAACAUCUCCGGUAAUGACGAUCUCGAAACCUUCAGCAAAACCAGUCAUCACCUCCAUCAGCUCGCCAUUACCUGAACCAUUGCCUGGUAGAAAGCUUCCCAUUUGGAAGAGAAAGUUAGAUGACUCUCCAGCGAUGAAUUACGAAGUACGAUCCACAAUCCACGGUCCAUCCUCGAUACAUAAACCUGACGAAACGACUCCUGGUCCAUCCAGAUUUGAUCUGCCGGAAGCGGAUGAUAUUGCUCUUGGAGUUUUUUCUUCAUUCGACGAUAUUACAUAUAAUACAAAGCCUAUUGUUCAAGCAUCCGACAUACACAAGAAAGGAAAUUCUUCUCUUAAACGUUCACCGGACAGAGACAGUAAAAAUGACACCACUGAAGACGAGGAGGAAGAAAAUCAGGAUAAUGAUAAAAGUCCGAGAGACACGAAUUCGGACGACGAUUGGAGUAUAUCGAAGAAUUUCCAGAAAUCUCCAGACGGACAGAACGCAAAGAGAGUGCGUUUUGAUCUGGAGGAAAAGGAAAAUGUAGAGAAGUCUAAGUCAAACGAUCAACCGAAUACCGACGAUUCCAUCAACAAUCAUGCAAAGAUCAUUAGAGAGGUAUUGAAAAAGUACCCUCAUUUAGUGAAGAACAAUAAGAAUAUUCGCUUGAAGAUUAUGCAGAAAGAAGCAAAAUCAUCCGACGCCGCAGGCAGGACAAAAGUAUCUUACGUGGUUUUGAAAUCCGAUAAUCUACUAUCCACUGACGAUGAUUCCAAGUGCAACGGCAAUAUCGAUGGCGAAACAGGCCCUUGGAAGUGCAACAAAUGCGACUUGGAUGAGGAAUAUACGAAUUACUAUAUGUACAGGAGACACAUGCAGGAUGUGCACGAGGAGAAGUUUGAUCCGAGGGUGUGCGAGCACUGCGGAUACAAAGCAACUAAGCGCAAUAUGCUGAUGUAUCAUCUUUACACUAAGCACAACGUACCGCCGCCUAAGAGCAUGAACUUUCCCAAGUGUCAAGCUUGCUCGUACGUCGCUUUGUCGGAGACUUUGCUGGUGCGUCAUCAGAUCAAUCAUCAUCAUCAUCGACCUACUACUCGACACAAUCUGCCUUCGGAGGACAUUCAUUGUGGCCAAUGCAACGAGUCGUUCAGGAAUGUCACUGACCUUACCACUCAUGAAUUGAACACCGGCCACGGAAGUAUGACCGGUCGCAAAGAGACGAAGGGCCACCGCUGCCCGUACUGCAUUAAAGUAUUUGUUCGUCUGACAAACUUGCAGAUACAUCUGGACUGCGCACACAAGGACAUGCAGAGAGACACAAAUGAGUCGGCAGCGGCCGCUCCGGCCAUUCCAUUGGAACCGUCAUCUGAAGCGGAGGCUCUCAGUCACGUUGCCAGCGGAAUAGCCGCUUCUCUUGGCGUCGGAGAUACGGAAGCAGGCGCGGAAACGCAGGAAACCGUGACAAUAGUGAAAGGAGCGAACGAUCAGUAUAUUGUGCCAGAAAUGGAACUGGAAGAUAUAACGCAUAAUAUCAGUUACAAUGAGCACGAACUGGAGGGCCAGCAUAUGAUUAUGUUGGUCAACAAUGACGACAGUUACCAACACGCCGAAAGCGAUCAUCAUCAGCAACCACAGCAGCUGGAUAUCGCUGAUAAUGAGCAAAUAGUUAUGCAGGGGACAGAUGAUGGAAUGAUUGUAUACAUUCAUGGAGCCGAGGAGGCCGAUCGAUCCUACGAGGCCUAUCAACCAGCCGAGGCUGCGCAAGAGACUGAGGAAAUAGUUGAGGAAGUUGUGGAGGAAGUCGAGGAAGUUGAGGAAGUCGAGGAAGUCGAGGAAGUCGAGGAAGUCGAGGAAGUCGAGGAGGUUAUGGAAGAGGAAGAAGAAGAUGAUGAUGAAGUGCAGGAGGUAUCUCAAGAGAUACUGGAGGAAUGUGGUAAUCAGGUGGAGGAAGUGAUACAAUAUGAAACGGAGAUAGUAGAAUAUGAGGAGGAACAGUGCAGCGAACAGAAUAAUAGUAUGGACGCGAAUCAGGAAUCCGUAAUGAUCAUCGAGGAAGAGCAUGUCGAAGGGGACGAGGCUGUAGGAGUUAACAAAAGACGCAAGAAGAUACGAAGCUUCGCUACCGAAUGGGACGAAGAUAGUGCGGGAAUCGCCGAAUCAUGAAUAUCGUAACAUUGGACCUUUCAUUUGCUUAUGAUAUGUUAUUAACUUUCACGGCUACAUUUUAAUUGAACGCUUUACACGCUAUAUAUGAAUAUUCCUUUUAUACUUUAACUUAUACUUUAGUGAUGUUUGUCAAUAGCAAACAGUGACGUAAUGAGAGCAGCGAUUUCACUGCACAGCGUAUGAGUAAGACGACAAAAUUAAUCAAAUCAUUAUAUUUACUAGCGACAGGGAAUAAAAUGCGUUGUAAUGAAAAUAUUGUAUAAGACCGUAUAUGUGAACUCUAUUAUUGCACUGAUACUUUGCAUUUUUUGGGUUAUUUUGUUAAUAUAUGUUCCAGCUUUCGUUAACGUUAAUUGUCCUAGUAUAAAGCAAAGUAUAUAUUUUACAGUGUGCUAAAUUAUAAUACAUCUAGAGUUGUCAUUGUAAUACAAAUCUAGACUUAUUGCGAUAAACACUUCUAACAGAUCUGUGUAAGAAUCACAGACCUUAAAAAUUUGAAACCAUUAUAUUUUUUUUUUUUUUCUUAAAUGCAAGAAUGUUUAUAUACAUGUAGCUUAGAAAAAUAUAUGUUACACUUAAUUGAU